AUGCCCGGAUCGAGCAAGUACGGGGGUAGUUCUGGACGCGGCAGCGAUCCGUUCAAGAACUCUACUUCGGACUCAAUGUCCAAGAAAUUAAAAGAGCCCAAAAAGAAGAAGGGUGAUUCGAGCCGAGAGGAAGAGCAAAACUCAAGGCGAAGGGCCAAGAACCGAAACACCCAGAGGGCAUACCGCGAGCGCCGCGAGCAGAGGCUGCGGGAGCUCGAGCAGCAGGUGCAGCAGGCCGAGCUGCUCAACCAGACCCUGACGUCCGCCUACCAGGAGCUCAAGGCCGAGAUGGACAUGCUCGAGGCCGAAAAGAUGCAGGAGCAGUACUACGGAGAUGCUGCCAGUCAGUCUGCCUCUGCCUCGGGCUCCGCCUAUGCUGCUGGUCAUAUGAACCCGGCAGGGACCGAGUACGACACGGGCGGCACCAGUUAUGGGUGGGGACAGGAUACCUGGGCUCCUGAAUGGGACCCCGACGGCGGUUACCACCACUCUGGUGCCUAA